CUUUGGGUCCCUCGCCGCCGAGGGUCCCGGGAUGAUGAGCUGGGGGCCUUAAGCGAUUCCCGUCCCCCGCCCCCAAGCGACCCCGUGCUACCGUUACGCUACCCCGGGCAGGCUUUGGCCAAAAAGCGGGCCGGGUCUGGAGCCAUGCAGCUGGAGCAUUGUCUGUCGCCUCCGUCGAUGAUGCUCUCCAAGAAAUUUCUCCAUGUGAGCGCUGGCGGCGGCGGUGGCGGCGGCGGCGCUUACCCGCCUGCCGCGGGCGGAUCCGAGCUUGUCUUGCACGAGCACCUCCACCCGCACCCCCAUCACCAUCCGGCUGCCGCCGCCGCCGCCGCCCUCCUUUCGGCGAGCGCUGACAACCUGGAGAGAAGUUCACCUCUGAAAAAACUCGCCAGGGGGGGGAUGACGAAUCAGGCCGAGGCAGACAAUUUCCCUGACUCCAAAGACCCGCCAGGGGACGCCCAGCAGCCGCCGCCGCCGCCGCCGCCGCCGCCUCAGCAGCAGCAGCAGCAGCAGCAGCAACAGCAGCGCGCCAAACUCUCGCCUGUCGUCUUGGACGGCGGCGGCGGCCAGGAGCAGCUCCGUCCAACCUUCGAUGGAGCGGCGGCGGCUGCGGCAGCGGCAGCAGCAGCAGCGGCGGCGGCGGCCGCAGCCGCGGCGGAUCGAUACCUGCUCUCCACGCCAGCUUCCUCCGGCCAGCCCCCGGCCGCUGCCUCGGCUCCCCCGGCCACCGCCGCUACCAUGUUCCCCUACCCGGGUCAGCACAACCACGCGGCCGCCUUCUCGCUCGCCAGCCCCAGCCGCUACAUGGCGCACCACCCGGUCAUCGCCAACGGAGCAUACAACAGCCUGCUCUCCAACUCCGCGGCGCCUCAAGGCUACCCGGCUGCCGGCUACCCUUACCCGCAGCAGUACGGUCAUUCCUACCAAGGCUCGCCCUUCUAUCAGUUCCCCUCUGCCCAGGCUGGCCUCGUCCCCGGCAAGGCGCAAGUCUACCUAUGCAACAGGCCGCUCUGGCUGAAGUUCCACCGGCACCAGACCGAGAUGAUCAUUACCAAGCAAGGCAGGCGAAUGUUCCCUUUCUUAAGUUUUAAUAUUUCGGGUCUGGAUCCCACGGCUCACUACAAUAUUUUUGUGGAUGUCAUCCUGGCCGACCCAAACCACUGGCGGUUCCAAGGCGGCAAAUGGGUACCUUGUGGCAAAGCGGACACCAACGUGCAAGGAAACCGUGUCUACAUGCACCCGGACUCGCCCAACACAGGAGCCCAUUGGAUGCGCCAAGAAAUCUCCUUCGGGAAACUGAAAUUGACCAACAAUAAAGGGGCGUCCAACAACAAUGGGCAGAUGGUGGUCCUGCAGUCCCUCCACAAAUAUCAGCCUCGCCUGCACGUGGUGGAGGUGAACGAAGACGGCACUGAAGACACCAGCCAGCCGGGUCGGGUUCAGACCUUCACUUUCCCUGAGACGCAGUUCAUCGCCGUCACUGCCUAUCAGAACACCGAUAUCACACAGCUGAAGAUCGAUCACAACCCCUUCGCAAAAGGCUUCCGAGACAACUACGACACGAUCUACACGGGCUGCGACAUGGACCGCUUGACCCCGUCGCCCAAUGACUCUCCCCGCUCUCAGAUCGUGCCGGGGGCUCGUUACGCGAUGGCGGCGGCCGCGGCGGGCUCCUUCCUGCAGGACCAGUUCGUCAGCAACUACGCCAAAUCCCGCGGCUUCCACCACCACCACCACCCGGGAGCGGGCGCCGGAGGCGGCGUGGGACCCGGAGGGCCUGUGCCGGAUCGAGGCGUGCCUCACCCUAACGGGCUGCUGUCUCCACAGCAAGCCGAAGAGCCCGCCGCGCCUUCGCCCCAGCGCUGGUUCGUCACGCCCGCCAACAAUAGGCUGGACUUCGCGGCCGCCUCGGCCUACGACCCCGCCGGAGAUUUGGCGGGAAACGCCGCCACGCUAUUAUCUUACGCCGCCGCCGGCGUCAAGGCUCUCCCGUUGCAGGCGGCCGGCUGCACCGCUCGCCCGCUCGGCUACUACCCGGACCCCUCGGGCUGGGGGGCGCGCAGCCCGCCCCAGUAUUGCGCCAAAUCCUUGUCGUGUUGGCCUAACAGCAGCGGUGCCCGCGCUGGAGGAAACCCCUAUUUGCCCGCCGGGGCUGGCGGCGGGGAGGAACCCGACAGCCUGGCGCCCCCUGAGCGCUCCCCUUUGGUGGCGCCGCCGCCGCCGCCCGCUGCCGGGCCGCCCGCCGAGGACUCCAAGCCCCCGAAGGACUUGUCCGACUCCAGCUGGAUCGAGACCCCCUCGUCCAUCAAGUCCAUCGAUUCCACCGACUCUGGGAUUUACGAGCAGGCCAAGCGCCGGCGGCUUUCUCCCGUGGGCACCCCGGCCUCCGAGAGCUCUUCGCCCCUCAAGAGCGAGCCCGCCUUGGCCCCCAGGGACUGCGACAAGACCUGCGCCAAGGACAUCGGCUACUACGGCUUCUACUCGCACAGCUAGAGAGGAGACGCCUCUGGCCACGCCCCCUCCCGCCCGCCAGUCCCGUCCCGUCCGAAGCAGCCGGCGCUUUGCGCUGCGCGCCGGGUCGAGCGCUGGUUCUCCCGGUCAUUUGAAAGCGGCUCUGGCUGGCCACGCACCUACAACCGCGCACGCGCAGUCUCUCUCUCUCUUUCUCUCUCUCUCUCUCCCCCCCCCGCCCCCCCUUUCCUCGCACACGCAGAAAGCCCGCAAACCGUGGGGCCGUCCCAACGUCUCUUCAGUAGGAGGUGGAUGACAACGAAAUGCUGAAAAUCAUGACACUUCAUUCUCCACCUUGUAUGUCUCUUUCCUUAGCGACCCCCCCCCACCCUUCCCCGCACAGAACAAACCGUGUCGUGGUUUUUCCCUUGGCCCAAGCAUUUUUUAUUUUUUUUUAAAAAAAAACCAGAUCUCAAUCUCGGGUGUUUCGAAUAGGUAGAUUAUUCCAAAAUCCUAAGAAAACCCUUUAAUUAUCCCUGUGCCCAUCCCACGUUCGGUGUGGUAAAGGGGGGGGGGGUCCCUUCCUAAACGUUAGCUGGCGGGCGACACGGCCAUUCAAACCUUUUUAAAGCUACCCUAAACUUAACUCGAUAGCGCACGAGAGCGAAUGACCUUCCAUCUAGCGAGCAGCAGCUCAGUCACAUGCACGCAUUUGUUUGAAAUUAGCCCCACGACGUUUAAUAGCUUUUACAGGGAAGGGCUCGCAGCUCUCCUUAGGAUCCUGCACAUUCUUUGAUCAGGAAGGUGGAUAGGAGAUGCUUUUUAUUCUGCCGUAUUAAAACGGUGGGCAAGAUGAAAGGGUAUUGUGCGGGCCUUUAAAGGGUUUCUUAGUAAAUUUGGGGUUCUCCUAGAUCCCUCUCCUCCACAUCUCCGGUUCCCUGUUCAUUUACAUUAGAAAAACAACCGUUCCCCUGCUUGGACUUAAUGGGUCGUAAUUCCGAGUAAACUUGGUUUAAGGUUCAACAGGCAAACUAACCGUUUUUCUGUCCUUGCACCUUAUGCUUAAAACUCGAAGGGAUAUUCCUCCUUUCCCUUUUCCCUUCCUUAUUCCGGGAUAAUCACAGUGGAAAUGUAUAUGUACAGUUCUCAAAUAACGAGUAAGGAGUCCUACAGUAGGAUUUGGCUGCUCUAAGCAAAGCCUAAAAUAUCUAAAAACCCCUUUCCCUUUUUUCUCAUUUAUCUUCACCCACACACUUGCAUAAUAAUAUUAGGACAAAGUCGGGUGUGUGGUUAGGAAGUGUGUCAGUAUUUUUAUAGCAUUGUCCAAAGUGACUUAAACUUGAAUAAACAAAAUUAAACUUAUAAUCAUUUCAACAAAGCUAAGCCUGAUAAAAUUGUCCGAAUGGAUCCAAAUAUCUAACAGUUAACAUCUAAAUAAUCACACCUCUGUAGGACUUAAUUUUACUUAAAUGCAUGCCAGACCUUACUGUGCUUCUCACCGAAAUAAUUUCUGAUUUAAUCAACACUAAAUUUCAAGCGUGGAUUCCGUAGGAUAGGAUUUAUGUUGAUUUUAGAAGGCGAUAUUUGGCUUUCUGGUGUUGGAAUAGAAAUUUAACAAGCUUCGUGUUAGUUGCCUUGCAUUUUAAGUGAAGUUUCCUUUCAAGUAAAAAGCGCCUUUUUGCUUCCGUGUCUUGAUUGGGAAUAUGUGCGAAACUUGACCUUAUCUAAAGUAUUUUGAGGAAGAAAUGCAGUAGUUUUUGUUCACACAUUGCACUAAAGCUAUAAUAGUAUAUGCUUGGUGUAAUGGUGUAUGCUUCUCCUAGACAUCCAGCCAAUUGUGGUUUAUCUGGCCAACCAUGAUUAAAAUAAACACACGUAGAGCAGGUGCUUCAGUUGGGGUGUGAGUGAAUCAAGUUUAAAACGCAGCCUUAAAGAUGUUUACUCGGAUUAGGAUCAAGAGGAAUCCAUAGGAGCGUGCCGAAUUCCCACUAUGGGCUUUAAACUCCAUAUAAUUCUAUAGGCACUUAUUCAGCAGCAUAUUCCAUUAAAUUUAUUCCAUAUAAUAAUAUCUCGAAAACAGCUGGAAAGGAGGUCUUAUGCCGUUUCCUUACUGUUGUUCGACAGUAUCACCGCACCAUCAGCUGUGGUGAUGCGAAGCCCAUCUUCCUACCCUCCUGAUACAUGACAACAGCGAUGGUACGAUGACACUAGAAAUCGCCAGUCAGGAAACGUCCCGAGCUGCUUCUUCCCAGCUGGUUCCACUCGCGUUUCCUUGGAAGGAAGUCUCCUCCGAGUUUGUGCGAUCUUAGCGUCGUUGUCCUUCGCAAAGCGCUGUGUAAUGGCGGAAAUUACUCCUACUUCUCUCAGUAGGAUUUCGCUUCCCACAAGGAGAAUAAUGCUUCAAUUCCCUUUUCUGGAUGCAACAUCUCUUGCCUGAUCAGAACUUAUUCUCAAUAAAAGUAAAGCUUUCGUUUAAUAGCUCGGCGUCUAUAAAUAGAUGAGACCCCGCUGGCUUCAGCAGGACACUAAUGGACUUUUCCCUUAAUUUACUCAUAUUAACAAGUGUAGUCGUAGGAGUACUCGGAAUAAGCAGGUGGUCUCUCCAGGUACCUGUGACUGGGAGCAAACUUUACUGAAAUGGGUAGGGACACCAACUUAAAGAGAUGGGGAGAUAUGAAUUCUAAAUAAAGCACUUUUAAAAGUUCAAAAACAAAAGUUAAGAUGAAACCUGGGCUAAAAACUCUGCCUUGGUUCGCAUAACACACUGCAUUAACCUGUCAUUUGAUUUCAGUGACAAUUUACCUAUAAGGUAUUGCACAUUUCAUUCAAUACACUGAGCUACAAGUAAGUCUGACUUGCUGGCUUGGCAUGUUGUAUGAACCUACCAGCACAGCCCUAGCAGGCUACGUUAGAUUGGCAUCGUACUAAGGAACUAUUCCAACUCUGAUGAAAAAAAAGGCACUUCCUUCCAAGUAAACCUACCUGUGAUUUCACUGCUAGUUGACUUAAACUAAAACUGAUAUACAGUAAUUUAGUUUACAGGGCUAGAGAGUUAGGACUCAAAUUCCAGUAGGAAUCACUCCAGUUGGGAUGGGCUCUUGCAGAGUAACUCAGGUGAAUCUUACGCUGGGUCAUGGAGGCGCUAUUUCAAUUAGAUUGUAGGUUGUGCUCAAUCAGGUGUGCAAGUGGGUGUAUGGGAAGGGGAUUUGCCCACAGGGCCAUUGACUCUUUUAUCAACUAAGCAUCACAGUUUAACACUCUAUUAGAGACAGGUGGCCAGAGAGAGUGGAACAGCUCCUUGAAAGCCCAGUUCAGUUCCAAGAAGCAUUUCACAUUACCCAUCUAAUGAUCAUAUUCUCCUUAUGCCCUUUUCUGUCCCCUCACUGAUUCCUAAGCCCAUCCCUGGUUGGCGUGCAGGUGCUCUUGUUCCAAUAUUUUUCUCUCCUCCCCCUCCCCCACUUCAGUUAUGACGACUGUAAAUCUUUGUAAUGAACAAACUACAACCAAUGCUAAGCUAUUGACCUGUUGGUGCCCGUAGUGUAGUCCAGUGAAAAUGACUUUUGUGAGUUGUAUAUUUUAAAAAAAGAAAAAAAAUGCAUUUAGUUUGAAUUUUUGUUUUGUUUCGUUUUGUUCUAUGCAUAAGGAAGUAUCUCUGAAAGAGUUUUUUUUGGGAAUAGGCAGCACCAGUUUGAAGAAAUUUAAUUUCCCACCUCCCUCUCUGACCUCUUCUUUUUCUUUUUAAUUUUCUCGUUCAGUCAAGAGUUUUACACUCAAUUUAGUCUUUCCCCUUGUUGAUGUAGAGUAGUGAGUCUUCAAAAUUUUGUGUAGGAAAUAUAUAAUUGAUCAACCCAUGUUUAAAUAUUGUGGGUGGGUGGGGGCGAGAAAUGAACUGUGAAAUAGACAGCAGGCAAAAUGAUCAAGGCUAACUUGCAAUCGGCAAAGAAACCUUCCCAAAUAGAAAUUCAGGACUUUCAUCCUGUAUAUAUAUAUAUUUAUGUCCUUCUGUAAUUGAUGGACAUUUUUCUUUCUCCUUUUUUUUUUUUAAAAAAAAGAAACCUCCCUUACACAUUUGUUUUGUUUGUGUAGAUAAAUAAUUGUUUCUUCAAAUUACAAGUAACCGGGAAAAAUGUUUUGUUUUUUCACCCAUUUAUAUUGUCUGUGUACAAAAAGCAUAAUAAAACUUGGAAAAAAUA